AAAACCGCGCUAACAUACGCUCUUCCGUUUCUCUGUCACUCUGACACCCCCCUCCCCCGGCCCCUCCUUCACGGCUCAGUCACUCGCAACAACUCACCUAUACUUACAGAGAGUCACAUCUAUCCUUCCCUCGUGUAUAUGCAGGAGUACAUAUAGAUACAAAUAUUCUGUGUGUAUAUAUGCGCCAACAAAAAAUCCAAAAUAAAGUCUAAGUUGGAGUCUAUUGCGUGUGUCAUUGUCGAUAUGGAUGGUUGAAGCUCUCGGCUAGUCGGCAGUAGGUCUUCUUCUUCUUCAAUGUCUGUGAAACCCUAACUGGCUAACUGUAUUGUUCUUUUGAGGUUUCAGGUUUGAGAGUAUAUUAGCUGUGUGAAAUAUGGGGGUUAACAACAUGUUUGGCUUUUCAAGAAGGCGCAUGAAGCUUGGGAGAUUAAAAGUUCAACUUUCAGACACUGCUCAGGGAACUAAAAGUCCAAUCAGGCACCCAAAACGUUUUAGCAGUUCAACUGGUGAAGCUGUUGGCAAUAGCAUAAACGAUUCUGAAGAAAGCAGCUGCCAACAUUCUACUGGUGCAUCAGAGUUUAACAAUUGUACUUCAGGAAGCUCUGAAAAUUGGAUGGUCCUUUCUAUUGCUGGGGAUAAACCUAUACCUCGCUUCAAUCAUUCUGCAGCUGUUGUUGGGAACAAGAUGGUAGUAGUUGGAGGUGAGUCUGGGAGUGGACUAUUAGAAGAUGUGCAGGUGCUGAAUUUUGAUAGAUUUUCCUGGACUUCAGUAUCAUCAAAGCUUUACCUUUCACCAACCAGUCUCCCCUUAAAAAUCCCAGCUUGCAAGGGCCAUUCUCUGGUUUCUUGGGGGAAGAAAGUGCUUCUGGUUGGAGGGAAAACUGAUCCUGCAAGUGAUAAAGUUUCAGUGUGGGCAUUUGACACUGAAACAGAAUGCUGGUCUCUCAUGGAAGCUAAGGGUGAUGUCCCAGUUGCCCGUAGUGGUCAUACGGUGGUUAGAGCAAGUUCAGUUCUGAUAUUGUUUGGGGGUGAAGAUAGUAAGAAGAGGAAACUGAACGAUCUACAUAUGUUUGAUCUAAAAUCUUUAACAUGGCUACCACUCCAUUGCACGGGUCCAGGUCCAUCAGCAAGAUCUAAUCACAUUGCUACUCUUUAUGAUGAUAAACUGCUCUUGAUUUUCGGUGGAACAUCAAAAUCUAGAACACUGAAUGACUUGCACUCACUUGAUUUUGAGACGAUGGUGUGGUCAAGAUUUAAAAUACGUGGGUUUCAUCCCUCACCUAGAGCUGGUUGUUGUGGAGUUCUCUGUGGAACUAAAUGGUAUAUUGCAGGAGGUGGUAGCAGGAAAAAGCGACAUGCAGAGACUUUGAUAUUUGAUGUUCUAAAACUUGAAUGGUCUGUUGCUGUUGUAUCACCUCCAUCUUCUAUUAUUACUAACAAGGGGUUCAGCCUAGUACUGGUGCAGCACAAGGAAAGGGAUUUCCUUGUAGCCUUUGGUGGUUCUAGGAAGGAUCCUUCGGAUCAGGUUGAAGUGCUCAUGAUUGAAAAUUCUUCAUCGGGUCGGAGAUCAACCUUGAGUAAAGGAGCUGGAAAUUUGCUAUCUGGAAACCGUCUUUCAUCCAUUGUGUCAGCUGCUCAGCCAUGCAAUGUUGCUAAAAACAAUAUUGAUUCAGCUUCAAAACAGAAGUUGUCAUCUGCAGUUGAACAUGGCUCUGGUAGAAAGUCAUUGUCUGAGUCUUUACUUAGUGAUCCAAAUUCUGUUACCGGUAAUGUCUCACUUCGCAAGCAGUUUUACAAUGAGGAAGAAACCAGCUUGAAGAUGCCAAAGAGCUCAGAUGAUGAAAGUUCUUCACAGGUAAUGGAGCGUGGAACAAGACAACUUGAUUCUGGACUUGAACAUAUUGACAGCAAAACCAUUCCUGAAGAAAUUUGCACAAUACCUGAAUCUGGAAACAUGGCAACUCACAAAAAGCAAGGGAGUGGAAACUUUCCACUAGAUAGUGAUGAUUUCGUCUUUCAAGAGAGCGAUUGCAAAUUUGGAAUAUCAGCUCCGAUAGGUCUGUAUCAAUCCUAUGAAGCAAAACUUACUGCUCUGCUGAGGAAGAAUGGACUACUUGAAGGACAGUUGGCAGCAGCAUUGGCUAGUCGUGAAGCAGCAGAUAAGAGUCUGUCUUCUGCUCUUAAGAGUAAGCAGGAUACCGAGAAAAAGCUGGCAGAUGCUAUGAAGGAGAUAGACUUGCUUAAAGAGAAGCUAGCUGGUGUAGAAUUGGCACAGGAAGAGGCUAACAGCUUAUCCAAUAUUGUCCACUCUGAUAAUGUUCGGCUGGAGCAUGAUGUGGCAUUUCUCAAGGCAGUUUUAGAUGAUACACAAAAGGAGCUGCAUUCGACUAGGGGACUUCUUGGCGGAGAAAGGGCCAGAGCUUUCCAACUACAGGUUGAAGUUUUCCAUCUAAAACAAAGAUUGCAGUCCCUGGAGAAUCGAGCUCCAACGCCCCGGAAACCUUUCCACGUCUAGUCUAGUAUAUUAAGCCUACUUGUAUUUUGUAUAUUAGUGUAUGUUAUGUAUAAUGGUUUCAGAUAUCUUUCCCAUUUGUAAUUGAAUGAUAUUUUUAUAGCAUCAUGCGAUUGUCGGUUGCAAAUCGUCUCAUCA